UUUGUCCAACACGUUUCCUCCAGAAAAAAAAAAAGAAGAAGUUACAAAUCUCUGUCUUGUUCACUAAAAAUAAGCAUAGGUAGCGCAACGACUAGUUUGGCUUCGUCAUCGCACUCUUCGUCUCCUCUUACAUACUCCGUAUCUUUUUUUCCUCAGAAAUGGAUCCGAACAAGAGUACUCAUCUUCAAAUGGCUCGGAGUGGUAACGGUUCUAGAGGACAGAAGAUCGAUCUGCUUACUAACCACUUUGGAGUCAACUUCACCACAUCAAAAAGUCAACAUUUCUUCCAAUACAGUGUCGCUAUCACAUAUGAAGAUGGGAAUCCAGUUGAAGCCAAGGGUAUUGGCAGAAAGAUUCUUGCAAAAGUUCAAGAAACUUAUCAAACUGAUUUGGGUUCCAAACACUUUGCUUAUGAUGGCGACAAGAUUCUUUUCACUGUUGGUCCUCUUCCCAACAACAAACUAGACUUCUCUGUCGUUCUUGAAGACAUGUCUUGUACCAGAAGCAACACCAGUACCAGUGACGCCAACACGAAAAGAUUAAGGCCUCAUAAUCAAUCCAAAAGAUUCAAUGUUGCAAUCAGCUUUGCUGCAAAAAUCUCAAUGCAAGCUAUUCAAGGUGCUCUUCAAGGAAAGGAAACAAAUGAUCUUCAAGAUGCUGUAAGAGUGUUGGAUGUUAUCCUGCGCCAGAAUGCAGCUACCAAAGGUUGUCUUCUUGUCCGUCAAUCUUUCUUCCACAAUGACGCAAAAUACUUUUCAAACAACCAUGGAGGUUUUCAUCUAUGCAGAGGAUUCCAUUCAAGCUUCAGAGCUACUCAGGGAGGCUUAUCCCUCAACAUUGAUGUUUCUUCUACAUUGAUAGUAUCACCUGGUCCUGUUAUUGAUUUCCUUGUUUUAAAUCAAGAAGUGAGAGAUCCAUCCUCUAUCGACUGGAAAAAGGCUGAACGUACUCUCAAGAAUCUUAGAGUUAAAGUCGACCCCUCGAAUCGAGAAUACAAGAUAACCGGACUAACUAGACUUCCUUGCAGAGACCAAACGUUUCUUUGGAAGAAAAAGCAAGGAAACGGGGAAACUAAGGAGGUUGAGGUUACAGUGUAUGAUUACUUCACUAAACAUCUUGAAAUUGAACUGCGUCAUUCAGGUGGCUUACCUUGCAUCAGUGUUGGUAAGCCAAAACGUCCUACUUACUUUCCCAUUGAGCAAUGUCAUCUUGUUUCUCUUCAACGCUAUACGAAAGCUCCUACAAUUUUUCAGAGGAGUAAACUUGUCAAAGAAUCAGUACAGAAACCACAAGAAAAGAUGAAUGUGUUAAACAACGCUAUUAAGGACAGUGGUUAUAAUAAUGACCCUAUGUUACAAGACUGUGGUGUCAGAAUUGACUCUGACUUCACUCAAGUGGAAGGCCGCGUCUUACCAACACCAAGGCUGAAAGUAGGCAAUGGAGAGGAGUUUCAACCUCGCGAUGGGCGUUGGAACUUCAAUAAUAAGAAACUUGUUGAGCCAGCUACUGUUACUAGAUGGGCUGUUGUGAACUUCUCUGCACGGUGUGAUACAAAAAGGCUUAUUUCUGACUUGAUUAGAUGUGGAAGGAUGAAAGGAAUCAACGUAGAUCCUCCAUACAAAGUCGUAUUUCAAGAAGAUCCUUAUUAUAGGGGUGCACCAGCCAACAUCAGAGUAGAAAAGAUGUUCGAGCAGAUGCAAUCUGAACUCAGAAAAGAAGGAAUAGAAGGAAAGCCAAAAUUCAUUCUUUGCAUUCUUGCCGAAAAGAAAAACUCUCUUGUUUAUGGGCCUUGGAAGAGGAGAAAUCUUGUUGAAGAAGGAAUUGUGACGCAGUGUAUUGCUCCUACCCCCAAAAUAAAUGAUCAGUAUCUCACAAAUGUUCUCCUCAAGAUAAAUGCCAAGCUUGGUGGACUGAACUCCCUGUUAGCUAUGGAGCGCUCACCACGAGCAAUGAUGCCUUUAGUAACGCAAGUUCCUACCUUCAUUGUUGGCAUGGAUGUAUCUCAUGGUUCCCCUGGCCAGUCUGACAUACCAUCAAUUGCUGCGGUUGUGGGAUCCAGAGAAUGGCCACUCAUCUCAAAAUAUAGGGCAUGUGUGCGCACACAAUCUCGGAAAGUGGAAAUGAUUGAUAAUCUCUUCAAACCUGUCACCAACGAAAAGGGAAAACAAGUAGAUGAAGGAAUUUUCUGGGAGCUCUUGUUCGACUUCUACAUAAGCUCGGGGAAGAAGAGACCUGAACACAUUAUCAUUUUCAGGGAUGGUGUGAGUGAGUCUCAGUUCAAUCAAGUUCUCAGCAUUGAAUUGGAUCAGAUGAUGCAGGCAUGCAAGUUUGUUGAAGAAAAUUGGGAACCCAAGUUCACAGUGAUCAUUGCCCAGAAGAACCAUCACACCAAGUUCUUCCAGGCUGAAGGCCCUGGCAAUGUUCCUCCAGGAACAAUAAUUGACAGCAGGAUCUGUCACCCACGCAACAAUGACUUCUAUCUUUGUGCUCAUGCUGGAUUGAUUGGAACUACAAGGCCAACACAUUACCAUGUGCUCUAUGAUGAGAUUGGAUUUUCGACAGAUGACCUCCAAGAACUUGUUCAUUCUCUAUCCUAUGUCUACCAGCGGAGCACAACCGCCAUCUCUGUAGUUGCGCCUGUAAUGUAUGCUCAUUUGGCAGCUGCACAGAUGUCAACUGCGGUGAAGUUUGAGGACAGCUCCGAGACUUCAUCGAGACAUGGUGGGAUCACAACAUCUGAAGCAGAACUUGUCCCUCCCAUGCCAAAGCUGAACGCGAAUGUUGCAAGCUCUAUGUUCUUCUGUUGAAGCAUAUGACUAUUUGACUCUAGAUCCCUUUCUGCCUAAGCAACAGAAUAAUAAUCGGUGUUGUGAUUUUCGUUUUAAAAAAUAUUUAGCAUCUUCACUCUGCCUUUGUUGGCGUUGGUUAUCAUAUUAUUCUACCAAAAUUUAAAGUAUGUCCUUUCUUAAUGAAACCUACAAAAGUUGUUUAUGAAAAUUUAUAGUAAAAUAACGAAAUAUUUUGAUAUUUUGAUUUAAUAUUCCAAAAUUCUAAGUAUUCUGAAUACAAAUUUUACUUUUAAGAAUUUGUAAUAUUUCAUUUCACUGUAGAAUAAGAUUGUAUGAGUUGCUACAUGAACCUGAGAGAUGUUAUAACUCACGUCCCACGACACAAAAUAACUCUGAUAAACAUUACUUUCUAAUUUCUAGUAACAAAUUUAUAAAAAGAGAUCUCUUAUAAAAAUUACUGUAAACUCAAAGCUUAGUGGUUAAAUACUUAUCUUUUACAUAAAAAACGCUCUGGAAUUUAUGGAUUUGAAACAAUUAUAGCAUGUUACACUCUGAGAUAAAGCAAUACAAGGACACAUAUGAAACUAUUACUGAAGUGAAAUGUUACAAAGAUUUUUUCCUACAUACUAUAUUAAAGAGUUAGGAUUCAUAUUCAACGUAGCCUUUACUUGUCCGCAGCUGCUAAAAGCUUUACAAUCAACGUCUCGUAUAUAUCAGGAAGCUUUAAGAGGUCAAAUGUAUGAGAUGUAACAGGCUCUACUUCUUCCGGAAGAGAAUCUUUGUACAUGAAUGGUAGAAAAGCCUGAAAGGAAGAGAGCAUAAAUACAGACAUGAUCUGAACAAACAAACAAAAACAAGUAAAUCAUGUACCUUAUAAAACCUUAGGUUCCAGAUCGUUGAUCGUGACCUCUGUGCUGUUUGCUUCAAGCUCAUUGAAAAAUUUAGACUUGAAAAAUGGAGGCAGAACUAAUUUAUGAGUCUUGAAACUUGUCGCCAGCAAUGUUAAAAGUGACAUCUUUCUUUUCUUCGUUAUUCAAUCUCACAAACAGUCAAUAAUAAGCUAAACUCUAGAUUCAAUCACAAGGGUGCAGCAGCUAGAUGAGCUAAUCAAGCUAAAGUAGAAAACUUAAACCAAUCCCAUCGACUGUAAUCAAAGAACUGCGAGCAGUGAGUGAUAAUCAUUACUAGCUAUGUGCUUCCCCAACGUCUCCUUUCCUUACUAAUUUUACCAGCAAGAACUAACUAUCCGGUUUAUCUUAUUUUUUCCCGGUUUAUCUUAUUUGCUUUGGUUUAUAGCUAUUUUGAGGUACGGUUCAAAUUGAUUUACAUAAAGAAAGGUUUCACAAAUGAGAAAUCAAGUGAACCGUACCUCAAAAAUAGCUAAACCAAAGCAAAUAAGAUAAACCGGAUUGUAUUUUCUGUUACAAGCGUUUGGUUGUUGGUUUAAAUCUAAUCUGUCAUUGGUUUAAUAUCUUAAUGAAAUGACCUGUCGUCUCUCUCUUUCAAACAGCGAAGGUUGUUGUGGCGGCGGCGACGGAAAGACAGAGAUGAUACUUACGGAGGAAGCUCUGAGAAAAGUACUCGGCAUCUCCAAAGCGGCUUCCUCCGGUACUCGUAUCGCUGCAGGAAGCGCUUGGGAGGAUAUUCGUGGUCCUGAUCCUCUACCACUAUUCUUUCGUGACGUCAUUGAAAGCUGGCGACUUUGGGUAUUAAUUGUUUGGUUGUCUCUAUGAUCUAAAAUAUUCUCUUAGUACCUGGGGCCUGAGUAUAAAGUGGCUAUUCUUACUGUCAGUGAUACUGUCUCAGCUGGGGGCUGGACCUGAUCGAAGUGCAGUGGGCCCAGGGCUGUAUCAGUGAUUGAUUCCUCGUCAGAAAAACUGGGAGGAGUGAAGGUAGUUACAACAGAUGUAGUCCCUUGAUGAAGCUGAAAGAAUCAAUGAUAUUCUUCAGAAGUGGAGCGAUAUUGACGAAAUAGACCUCAUUCUUACACUUGGUGGUACUGGCUUCACUCCAAGAGAUGUAACACACACCUGAAGCAAAAAAAAAAGUGAUUGAGAGAGAAACACCCGGUCUUCUCUUUGUUAUGAUGCAACCGAGCUUUAAGAUCACGCCAUUUGCGAUGCUCUCAACCUCUGCAGUAGGAAUUAGAGAGGCUCAACAUUGAUAAUCAACAUACCUGGGAACCCAAACGUAGUAGCCAAAUGUAUGAAGGCGCUGUUACCAGCUUUGAAGCACGCUCUGAAGCAGAUCAAAGGAGACAAGAGAGAGAGAGAGAGAAACAUCCAAAGCAUUUGGAAGAAGCCAUUGCACCACCGGCUGACACAUGGGAGAAGACGAGACAAAGGAUAGUGGCUGUUCUUAUACACACUGAAACUUCUCAGCUUCUCUGGUCAAUGAAUCAGUCCCCAAGUGAGUGUAAAAACUUUUCAGAAUGUUAAAGAGUUACAUGAGACUUAACUACAUAUGGUGCAAAAGGCAUUGUUAUAACUUUUGUAUUGUAAAAAUAUUUGUCCCCUAAUGAGAAAAAUAAAAUUAUGUUGGUAUU